GCUGGUGCGAGAGGCUUUUUGCUGCUGACUCUCCGUGAGCAGGGACAGCAUUUCAAACAAAUAAAGGAACUAAAAGUGAAUCAGUAUAAGGGGGGACUCAGGAAGCGUCUUUGGACUGUUUUGCAAGUCCAUGCUGUUUCUGCAUAAUAAGGAGUGUCUUUUUUUUUGCAUUUUAUAAACUGACUUUGAAAUAGAAACACCAAAGGCUGAGGCAUAAACUGAUAAGAUGGGGGACAAGAAAUGUAAAGUGCCUGUUGUUCAAGAUACAAAGGUGAAAGUGCUUUAUGAAACUGAAGCAUCAUCUGGACCUGAUGACAAAGCUGAUUAUCCUUCUGCUGGGACUAACUCCAUCUACUCAGCGAUUCUAAGCAGAAACGAGGCUGUCAAGGAUGCCAAGCGUCUCAAGACGUUUUUGGAGCUGCGAGACAAAUACACGGAGAAGAAGGUGGUGUUUGAAGACCCCCUGUUCCCUGCAAAUGACUCCUCACUUUUCUACAGUCACAAACCUUCCAUGAAGUUCGAGUGGAAACGUCCCUCGGAAAUUUGUGAAAACCCCCAGUUCAUCAUAGACGGAGCCAACAGGACAGACAUCUGUCAAGGAGAAUUGGGUGACUGCUGGCUGCUGGCUGCCAUCGCCUGUCUAACAGUGAACGAGAAGCUGCUGUACAGAGUGAUUCCCCCGGACCAGAGCUUCACUGACAACUACGCCGGCAUCUUCCAUUUCCAGUUCUGGCGUUAUGGCGAAUGGAUUGAUGUGGUCGUGGACGACCGCAUCCCCACCUGCAACAACCGUCUAGUGUUCACAAAAUCUUUCAGAAAUAAUGAGUUCUGGAGCGCUCUUUUGGAAAAAGCUUAUGCCAAGUUGCACGGGUCUUAUGAGGCACUUAAAGGGGGCAACACCUUGGAAGCCAUGGAGGAUUUUACGGGAGGAGUCACUGAGUUCUUUGAGUUGUCCGAGGCGCCCAAAGAGCUCUACAACAUCAUGAGGAAGGCACUGGAGAGAGGCUCGCUGAUGGGCUGCUCAAUAGAUAUUUUUUCAGCAACUGAUUUGGAGACACGGACUGAACACGGUCUUGUCAGGGGUCAUGCCUACUCCAUCAUAGGCCUGGCGGAGUGUGACGAGGUUGCAAAGGACACCAGAAUUCGCCUGAUUCGCUUGCGCAAUCCCUGGGGUAUGGUGCUGUGGAAGGGACCAUGGAGUGCAAACUCAAAGGAAUGGUCGACCAUUUCCACCGCAGACAAGGACAACUUAAAAAAACAGACUAUAGAGGCGAGUGAGUUCUGGCUGUCUUUUGAUGACUUUAAGAGGAACUUCACCAAGCUAGAGAUGUGUAACUUGACCCCUGACACCCUGCAGGGUGAUGAAAGGCAGAGCUGGACGGUGUCCGUGAAUGAGGGUCGUUGGGUGAGAGGCAGCUCUGCUGGCGGCUGCAGGAACUUCCCACAAACAUUCUGGACGAACCCCCAGUAUCGGCUGCAACUGUACGAGGAGGAUGACGACCCAGAGGAAGGACAGGCGGCCUGUACUGUCGUCGUGGCUCUUAUGCAGAAAGGCAGAAGGAUGCAGCGCCAUCAAGGGGCAAAAUUCCUCACCAUUGGAUUUUCCAUCUACGAGGUGCCGAAAGAGAUGUGUGGACAGAAUCAACACCUGCAGAAGGACUUCUUCCUUUACACAGCCUCCAAAGCUAAAUGCAAGACCUAUAUUAACCUGCGGGAGGUGACGGAGCGUAUCCAUCUGCCUCCAGGAGAAUACGCCAUCAUCCCCACAACCUUUGAAGCCCAUCAAGAAGGAGAGUUCAUUCUGAGGGUCUUCUCUGAGAAGAAGAGCACGUCUGAGGAAUCGGAGAACACAAUCGGGUCGGACAAAACGCAGCCUAUUGUAUUUGUGUCAGACAGAGCACGAGCCAACAAAGAAAUCGAGCAUGACGGCAUUCAGGGGGAAAAGAAGAAGAAGCCAAAGCUAAAACUACUCGAACCAGAGGAGGAGACUAAAGAGGAAAAACAGUUCAGAGCCAUUUACCAACAGAUUGCUGGUGAGGACAUGCAAAUCUGUGCCAACGAACUUAAGAUGGUCAUGAGGAACGUAUUCUCCAAACACAAUGAUAUAAAGACAGAUGGUCUCAGCCUUGAGACAUGUCGGAGUAUGAUCGCACUGAUGGACACUGAUGGGACGGGAAAGCUAAACCUGCAGGAGUUCAAACACAUGUGGAAAAAGAUCAAGGAGUGGCAGCUGAUCUUCAAACAAUACGAUAAAGACAAAUCCGGCUCCAUCAGUAGUUUUGAGAUGAGGAACGCUGUUAAUGAUGCAGGGUUUCACCUCAACAAACAGCUGUAUGACAUCAUAGCCAUGCGCUACGCAGACGAACGACUCGACAUCGACUUUGACAGUUUCAUCUGCUGUUUUGUGAGACUAGAGGGCAUGUUCAGAGCUUUUAAUGCCUUUGACAAAGAUGGAGAUGGAAUAAUAAAGCUCAAUGUCCUGGAGUGGCUUCAGCUGACGAUGUAUUCUUAAAUCACCUUAUUGACACUGAUGGGGCGACAGACAGUUGAAGCUUCGCAUUCAUGAAUCAACUCUCCUGAACAGCCUCGUUAUGUAUUUUUGCACAGAUUUUGAA